GGCUUUCCUGUAUAGCUUCCCAUCGUUGUAGUGACACAAAGUUAGCGCUCAGUUUAAUCUUGUUUGAGAGUAGUUUUGGACGGAAGCUUACUAAUAAUGCGCCAUUGUUCGUGUGCUGUGCAGUACAGUAAAGACGCGCUUGUCGACGUGACCAUCAUCUCACUCCUUGCACACUGUGUUGCAGACGUCAUUGAAGAUGAUUCUGGUCCUGAGCAUCACGAGUCCCCCAACUUUAAACAGGAGGCCAAGAUGCUGUUCAUGAAAGAAGAAGUGAAGGAGGAUGAAAUCACCAUGUUUUUAUCUACUGUCAUUGGGAAGAGUGAACAAGUUAAAGAAGGGCCAAGUGAGGAGAGCAGAGGGGCAGUGCCUUCCAGCUCACGUCCACAACGGACAACAAAAGACAUCACCGAAGAUGAUUUUCAGAAGUUUGAGCCCGAGUCUGCUCUCAUUAAAAAGGAGGAGGAACCAGAGACUCCCCACAUUAAAGAAGAAGAGCAGGAGAAUAAAAACACUAUGUUCCCAUUGACUGCUGUCAGUAUGAAGCGUGAAAAAGAUCAAGGAAAAGGUCUGAGUGAGGCGAGUAGAGGUGCAGAGCCUUCAAGCUCAUGUCAACAUCUGACAACUAAAGCUGAAAGAGACCAAUGUGAAGGUUUGCAAUCAGCCAGCCUUAUAGCUCCACUCUCAGAUAGUGAUGGUGUAAUGUCACAGUCUUCUGACUGUGAUGAAAAGAAGAUAAAAGAAUACUCUCAUGGUGAUAUAGCGUUUCCAAUUAACAAAAAGCAUGCAAAAUCCUCUGGUAAGUCUUUAUUGAAAAGAGACUCAACAGAAAGCACAGGUGGGAAACCUUUGGCUUGCUCAUUUUGUGGUAGAAGAUUCUUUUUCAAAUCAUGUCUAAUGAUGCACACAAGAACACACACUGGAGAAAAACCUUUUGCCUGCUCAUUCUGUGGUAAAAGAUUCACUCAAACGGGAGAUUUAAACAUACACACAAGAACUCACACUGGAGAAAAGCCUUUUGUUUGCACACUGUGCGAGAAAAGAUUUGUUAGCAAGAAUGAUUUAAAAAAGCAUACAAGAACACACACUGGAGAUAAACCUUUUGGCUGCACAGUUUGUGGUAAAAGAUUCUCCAAAAAGUCACAUUUAACAAGCCAUGCAAGAACACACAAUGGUGAAAAACCUUUUGCCUGCUCAAUUUGUGGUCAAAGAUUCUCUGAAAAAGGAAACUUAAGCAAGCACAACUUAACGCACACUGGGGAAAAACCUUUUGCCUGCACAGUUUGUGGUAAAAGAUUCACUCUGAAAGGAGAUUUAAACGUUCAUACAAGGACACACACUGGGGAAAAACCAUUUCUCUGCUCAAUUUGUGGUAAAAGGUUCACUCAGAGGGGAAAAUUAAGAGUACACACAAGAACCCACACUGGGGAGAAACUUUUCAAUUGCAGUUUGUGAGAAAAGAUUUUAGCAGUGUUUAGCGUAUCUACGCUUCCUAUUUGUGGUCAAACCUAUGGUAAAUACACAGUACGUACUUAUUUGAUGCUUUCAUGGACAUGUUAUACCUAACAGCUGUUAUUUUCAUGUCAUGUUUUGGUCGUUACUCCCUUGAAUGUAAAUUCAAAUGGAUAUUGUACUUUAACAUGAACCCUUUCAGGGACUGCUGUCAAAACAGUGGACAGUUAUUCAAAAGUUGACUCUUAAGACCAGGGGUCUCCAAACCGGUCCUCGAGGGCCGCUGUUGGUCCUGGUUGUUUUCAUACCGAUCAAGCACAUACCUUUUAACCAUGUGAUUUGUACUUAAACAAGCAGCACCGGACUGCAUACAACUGAUUACACUUAUAAAACACCAAUGGCUUUGGACCAAAAUACAUGCUUGACUUGUUAGAUUCCUAUGAGACAUCUAGACCCCUAAGGUCGUCUGGAACGGGUCUUCUGCAUAUUCCAAGAACAAGAACCAAGCAGGGUGAGGCAGCAUUUAGUUAUUAUGCUCCUCACCUCUGGAACAAAUUACCUGAAGGUCUGAAGUGUGCUAAAACUGUUAGCUCCUUUAAAUCAGGGCUUAAAAUGCUUCUGUUUAUCACAGCAUAUCCAUAACUGUCGAUAUAUUUAAAGCUAUUUGCUUUUUAUUCUUUUCUGCUUCAUUAUCAUUUCUGAUUUCAAUUAUUAUUAGUAGUAGUAGUUUUUGUUAUAUUUUUAUUUAUUUUUAUUCUAUUUGUGAUUAAAUGUGAUCUUUUGUCUUCGUUUUUACGUUGUAUUGAUUUAAAUGUGAUUUUUAUGAUCUUCAUGUGAUGUAAAGCACUUUGAAUUGCCUUGUGUUGAAUUGUGCUAUAUAAAUAAAUUUGCCUUGC